AGACCUUUAACUAUUUAGUACUGUGAAAACAAUCACACGAUACCGCAGUUCUAUAGGUCGGGUAAUAGAAAAUAGUGUGUUCCUUUCAGGCUCAGUCCAGUGAUCACGGAUGUUAGCCCGCUUUGUGAUGCUUGCAUGGCUUGCGCUGGAGUAGGCCUUCUAGUUCAAACCAUGGUUUGUCAGACAAUGGAAACAGGGUCGUUGUCAGAGGCUCAAAUCAGCUUGACCAUCUACCUGUUUUUCUAUGUCUGUGAAUUACCAACAUCCCCAGGCAUCGGAGCGAAACCGCUGAUUGGAUAUUCGUACGAUACUGGCGAGGAAGACGUAUGUAUUCCUCCUAGAAGCAUUACGAAUAUGCUUAGACACAGUCGUACUGUUGAGUUUGCAUGUUCAGCUGGACAAGAUUCGAUGCUACUGUUGAGGCUCCUACUGCUGUCUUUGAGGAAUCGAGGAGAACUGAGACAUCGGUGUGAUAAUUCAGCGAUUAUUUGGUCUUGACUAGGAAUGGAUCAGGACAAACAGGGAGGUGAAAGGACAUGCUUCCUUUGAGGUACUAAUGCGGCCUUCGUCUGUGGUGCUUUGGGUAUCGAGACUCUAUGUCUAGCCAGUAAAUCGAUCUUUGGGUCAUUCAGUCGGUCCUGUGAUCGGAGUGUAAGAGUCCUAAUCAUGUUGUUCAUCACAAGAAAGUAGGCUAUGAGCCAAUCUGCUAG